AUGAUGAAUAUACUGAAUACAUCAAGAAUUAUCCAUAGUCCUCAACUUGGAAUCAGGCAAAUAAAGCUUGGGACAAGGCGCAACGCCACAAAGAUUGAAGUUAUCAGUAUGGGACACGCAUGCGAUCAAGUUUGUAUCUGGAAAAUGUGCCUGCGAACAAGAUUUCGGGAUGUGAUCUGCCAGGUGGAUCGCAUCGGGGUCAGGCACGUACAAGCGAAUCAAUUACUUCUACGGACGACCUUCUAG